UGACGGAUGCUGACGCUCAGAAAAUUUAUAUAUUAGUAUGGAAGGCACCGCGACAGCACAGACUGAGACGACUAACAGAAGAAAUUCGUUUAGUAAUAGACUAUGGAAACAACUAAGGUCAAGUGUAAGAAAAAACAAGUCUCAGUCGUUUGUUGCAUAUUGCACAGAGGAUAAUGUUUCGGAUACGGGACUGAGUUAUAUUUCCCAGCCUACUAAUUUCCACAGAAACGAAGUUAACAGAGAAAAUUUUUCGUUGGAAUGUAAUUCGAUACAAGAGUGUCCAUUCGAUGUAUCUGGUUAUGGCAAAUUACUGAUGAAAGACAAAUUUAAAUUAAGGAAACCCAAGAAAAAGAAGCUGAUAGUGUUUUUGUUUGAAAAAAUAAUGAUCUUAACCACUGAACAUAAAAAGGAAGAAACAUAUUACUAUUACGCCAGCAUAAAAAUAAGUAACCUAAGUUUGGCACCUCUCACCCACAACAAAAAGAAGCUGCUACUUAAAGACUUUACGCAUAGCAAGUACAGCAAAAACGAUAUCGAGUAUCAAUUGGAGGCAAAAACAGAAGAGAUGCAGAAUACUUGGAGGGAAAUCAUACAGAAGUGCUUGUGGUUACAGUUGCUCUCUGCUAAGGAUGAACAGAAUGGUUAAAUGAGAUCCACAAAACGUUAUAUACCAGAAGAAGGCUCAGUGAUUAUCACAUUAUUUAUAACUUCUUAUAAUGCUGGAAGUUGUAAAAAAUAUACCUUGAAUAUUCAACCUAAUACUAUAAGUCUUUGGAUAUUAACGGAUGUGAAAUAUUUAAAUUUUAUAAUUCCAUAUCUUUGUGAUAAAAUAAACAGUGUCAUGACAU